UGUCACUUCACUUGGACGAUCUCUUUCUGUUGUGGCAUCUGGAGGUGAGUGGUUGUUCGUGGUUUACGCACAGGAGUAUAAUCCGUCGAUUUUCUUACCGAAAAGGUAGCAUCGGACGUCAGAGUUAACCAAUAAAGUCUCGUAAAAACUUUAUCAUGGGUAAAGAAAAGAUUCAUAUUAACAUUGUCGUUAUUGGACACGUCGACUCUGGCAAGUCUACCACCACUGGUCAUUUGAUCUACAAAUGUGGUGGUAUUGAUAAACGUACCAUUGAAAAAUUCGAGAAGGAAGCCCAGGAAAUGGGCAAAGGAUCCUUUAAAUAUGCCUGGGUAUUGGAUAAGCUAAAAGCUGAACGUGAACGUGGUAUUACAAUUGAUAUUGCUUUGUGGAAAUUCGAAACGUCAAAAUACUAUGUCACUAUUAUUGAUGCUCCUGGACACAGAGAUUUCAUCAAAAACAUGAUUACUGGUACCUCUCAGGCUGAUUGUGCUGUAUUGAUUGUUGCUGCUGGUACUGGAGAGUUUGAAGCAGGCAUUUCAAAGAAUGGACAAACUCGUGAGCAUGCUUUGCUCGCUUUUACUCUUGGUGUAAAACAAUUGAUUGUUGGUGUUAACAAGAUGGACUCCACUGAACCACCAUAUUCUGAAACCCGAUUUGAAGAAAUUAAAAAGGAAGUGUCAUCUUAUAUUAAAAAAAUUGGUUACAAUCCAGCAGCAGUUGCAUUUGUGCCAAUUUCUGGUUGGCAUGGAGAUAAUAUGUUGGAAGUUUCUUCAAAAAUGCCUUGGUUUAAGGGAUGGACUGUUGAGCGUAAAGAAGGAAAAGUUGAAGGAAAAUGUCUCAUUGAAGCGCUUGAUGCUAUUCUUCCACCUACUAGACCUACAGACAAGGCUCUCCGUCUUCCUCUUCAGGACGUAUAUAAAAUUGGUGGUAUUGGAACAGUACCAGUCGGUCGUGUCGAAACUGGUGUGUUGAAACCAGGUAUGGUUGUCACAUUUGCCCCUGCCGGUUUGACUACUGAAGUCAAAUCUGUUGAAAUGCAUCACGAAGCAUUGCAAGAGGCUGUUCCUGGUGAUAAUGUUGGUUUUAACGUCAAGAACGUAUCUGUCAAAGAAUUACGUCGUGGUUAUGUUGCUGGUGAUUCAAAGAACAAUCCACCUAAAGGUGCUGCUGAUUUUACUGCACAAGUUAUUGUAUUGAAUCACCCUGGUCAAAUCAGCAAUGGUUAUACACCAGUAUUGGAUUGUCAUACUGCACAUAUUGCAUGUAAGUUCGCUGACAUCAAAGAGAAAUGCGAUCGUCGUAAUGGAAAGACCACUGAAGAAAACCCGAAAAGCAUCAAAUCUGGAGAUGCUGCCAUCGUUAUGCUUGUGCCAAGCAAGCCUAUGUGCGUUGAGGCUUUCCAAGAAUUUCCACCUUUGGGGCGUUUCGCUGUUCGUGACAUGCGUCAAACGGUAGCUGUUGGUGUUAUCAAAGCUGUAACUUUCAAGGACGCUGCUGGCAAGGUCACCAAGGCUGCCGAGAAGGCCCAGAAAAAGAAAUAACUAGUUUCCGUACAUGUGUAUCGCCAGAUGGGCUUCGGCGUAUAGUAGCUGAAGUAGUUUACCUUCUUUCUUCACGUUUCUCGUACGAGAACAGCGCUACAUUAUUGCCAUUGGAGACUGAAAUAUUUUCAACGAAAUCGCGACUAAUGAUUAAGAGUAAUAAAAUCGGUAAAGAAUCGCGACGACUGGCAUUUAUUGUGCAUGUAAUUGCACGUUCGCCAUAUUUUUUUGAUAUUCGUAUAUUCCAUUUAUCAAAAUGGUUACUCCGUCACUUUUCUCACCGUAAAGAAUUUCGUAGGAAAGGUAAGAAUGAUCGACAAUGGUAUAUAAGCAAUGCUUUUCUCGCCUCGCGAGUUCCAUGAGAAAAGAAAGUGAACUAUGGAAAGCUACUUGUAAUAUCUGUUUCACAUGAAAACAUCAAAAACAUAAUUUAGCUCGGCUUAAUUAUAUUUUCUAAUUAUUAUACGGAAAUAAAUCCUAUAUCUGCGAUAUUCGAAAAACAUUCAUUAUUAUUUUUUUGCCGUCAUUAUUAAUUAAUCAUCGCCAUCCUUAUUGUAAAAUGCUUCAUAUUUCUGAUAUUAUUUGUAAAAAAUUAAUUGAAGAAUAUUAACAAUUUUUUAAAUUUUUAACUAUGAGUUGGGAUACAUCGAUGUAAAAAAAAAAAGAUUGAAUAGCAGAAAAAGAAAAAGUAGUAGUUCCAAUACGAAUUUGGUUGGGAGAAAAUGGGACCUGUUUUUUUAUUACUUUCCAAUUACCUGACUAGGUGAGGAAUUGAACUGCUAUACUAUAUACACCACAUUUUUCUACGAUAUAUGUCUUUACAAAGAUUUACCUUAUCUUUUUACACAUUAUAUGUUAAAAAAAGUAUGUGCGGAAAUAUGAUCUGCAAUGAUUCAGCACUUUUAUCCGCGAUUUUCCGAUUGAAAUUGGUUAACAACGGUUUUCUGUACAUACAUAUAAAUAACAAUAAUAAAAAAUAAAGGAGCUACGGAAACAUUA